AUGACAACAAAGACGGCUAAAAAAGACUGGAAGCACAAGUAUUUGGCUAAGAAUUGUUGCUUUGGCUUUAGAAUCGAAGAUGGGAUUCUAGGGAUUGUUAUCUGGGACAGUCUUUACGCUCUUUUCGUGAUAACCACAAGUGCCAGCACUCUAAGUUACUUUGCAGAAAGGGAGCAUGCUUCCUAGGCAUUCACUGAUGUAGCUUCAGCUGCGUUUUUAGUAGUAAGAGCCAUCGUUGGCAUCAUUACUUUGUGUAAGAAUAUCCAAUAAGUUCACCUAAAAAAAUACUUGAUUGUCAGGAUAGUAUGGGAUAUUACUCUGCUAAUCUUAAAUGGAGUAAUGGCUGGAUUGAAAAAGAUGCCAUUUUAGACUUUCAUUUUCAAUUCAUUCGCUCUUUUUUUUCUUGAUGGGUAUUUCAAUUUCAUAAUCUACUCAUUUUACAAGAAAUAUAAUGUCUAUAAGCAUAGAUUAUAUGGGAAUAUUAAGAAUAAUAUAAAAAAUGGAGAAGUAUUAAAGAUGAAUGUCCAGGAUUUCUCAACUAUUAAAGUAAUUGAUAUAAAACUUGACAAAGGCGAUGACCUUAAAUACGACUAAUUAAGAUCUUCAGAUUUGAUGUCACCUUAAAUAAUAGGGGGUGCAUCUUAAAAUAAUCAUCAUCAGCCUAAUAAUAUUGAUGGCAACUUCAUGAAUUAGAAUAAUGAUGUGAAUAAUUUAAAUACGUCUAACUAUGAAAAUAAUAAUGAAUUUGAUGAGGAUCAGACAAGAGUGCAGUAGUUUUAAUAGGACUUAUUCAAUGAAAAAUAGUAAGAUAAGGACAUGAGUGCUAUGGGUUUCCUUGAUAAAAAUUAGUCAAUUGAUGGCUCAAUUAUGAUUAAUUAUAGCAAGAAAAAAUAGUAAUUAAACAAACCUAUCCGCAAAGGCAAAAAAAUCGUAAAUUAACAAAUGCCACUUUAGAAAAAUUAAGUGUAGCAACUUGAUAAAAAAGCUAAUUAUCUUGCUUAGUAAUGA